AUGGCGCCGGCGACGAAGAGAGCACUCACAGCUGGCAAUGCCCAGAAGGCGGCGACGAAGCGCUCCAAGGUUGCCUCGGAGAAUUCCGCAGGGCAGCGUGGUGCCUUCGAAUGGGCAGAUGACUCCGGGCCGGACGAUGCACCAGAGGAGGACCCGACAUCUGCCUUCUCACGCGUCAAGCGCAAUCGCUUCCUGCAGAAUGUCUUAUCCAAGGCAUUGGAGAAGUUCCGACGUGAGAGGAAGAGCCGGAGACAAAAUGAAUCAAUUGAGUACGAAGUAAAGCCACAUGCUCACCCUAGCCGAGAGCUGUCAAAGUCCCUCUUUAUGGACCCGCGCCACAUGGCGGACAAGACUGUGCGGCAGCGGGUCGUACCGAAGAACAUCCACACCAUCAGGAAGAACAUCUUCCGAGAGAGGCUCCAGCUGGAUGCGCAAGAAGCGAGUUGGCGCGAGAAGGAGGAAUGGCACUUGGCUGAUGUGGUCCGGCAGCAGCUCGUGGAGGAAGUUUUUCGAGAGGGCUACAAGGAGAGGAUCCGGACCAUGACACCACGUGAGCGGGCUCAAUGGUUUCUGGAACAGCAGCAAGAGCUGCUGGCGACCCCGACAAAGGAACUCUGGAAGUCGAUGAAGUACAAGCUCGACUGGAGCAAGGUGAAGGGCCGCCACUGCUCGCGGGGCUACUCGCGGACCGCGCGGGAGUGUUAUGUGCGGUACAGCGAGAGGCUCUAUGAUGGGCUUCAAACAGGGAAGUUCACAAAAGAGGAGGACCUGCAGCUCCUGACGCUGUCAACGCAGCACAGAGGAUUUGACUGGGAUCAGAUAGCUGGCAAGAUGAAGCUGACCCGCAGUCCCUGGCGUUGUUUCUGCCGCUACCAACAGUCCUUACACAACUCCAUUGUGAGUUUUGGCUGGACGGCGGAGGAUGUGGAGCGCCUGUUCGAGGCGACCGAGGAGGUCGGCUACCCGUUCAAUGCGCAGGACAAGGGGAGAUGUCACUGGUUUGUGGUGAAUGCCAGACUCGGCCCGGGGCACACAACGCUUCAAGUCUCCAACUUCAUCAGAAAGAUCAACUUGAAAGACAGUCAGAAAGGCUUACUACAUCCCGAGAAAGCUUCCUGGACACAGCUGCAAAGCAGAUCUCUGGUUCUGGCGAUGUGCAUCUAUGGCUGGGACUGCAAGGAGUUUGCAAAAGUGGCAGAUCAUGUGCCAAACCGAAUCGGAGUAGAAGUGGUGACGCGAUGGAAGAUGUACGAGGAUCCACGCCUCAGCACCGCGCCAUUCUCAAAAGAGGAGGAUCAGGUCAUCCUCGACUGGGUCAAGGAGAACAACAGAUGCGACUUCUGGCUUAUGGCAUUGGGGCUGAAAAACCGCACCUAUGCAAAGAUCCAGGCCCGCUUCCGCGCGCUCUGCCCAGAGGCAAGCCAGCUCCUGGACUUGAUGAACGCCACGCGCGCUGCCGUGAUGCCCAUGGGAUACCUGAUGCGGGACAAGAGGCGUUCGCGCUCGGAGCUUUCGGCGGGCGACUUCCUUGUGCAUCUGACCACGGAGGAAGAGACGGGCAAGCUCACAACCGAUGACAAGCGCGCGGACAAGCACCUGGCGCGCAUCAACGACAUGAGGCUGAGGUUGCUGGACAAAGCCCAGAAGGGCCCUGAAGCUGCCUCUGCAGAAGGUGCAGACCUGCCUGUGGAAGCGUCGAAGCAGGCAAAGGCAGCCAGGCUGCAGCAUUCGAGGGCGUCGAAGCGGAAGCAAAGUGCGACGAAGCGGGUGCCGGCGACAACGAAGCCAGGCAAGCCAAAGAGGGCCGCAAAGCCGAAGAGGGCGGCGAAGGCCUCGACGGCACCUCGCAACUUCGGCAAACUGCGGCAGAAGCGGCCAGCCGAAAGCGAUGGGCCCGAGAAAGCUUGA